AUAGUUGCUAAGAAACUAAUGAAGUAUUUACCAAUGGCGCCUGAUGAAUGGUUAAGACUCAUUCAGAAUGCUACGAAAACUGCAAUUAUUCAAGAUGGUAAAAUAAUUUAAAAGUAUAUUAAUAUUACGUACUUAAUGCUUUUGUUAUGUAUUGAAUUUCUGUAAGAAAAAAUUAUUUAACGAUUGCUUUUUUACAUUUUUUUAAAUGUAUAUUUUUAACCUUAAAGAUGUUUGAUCAAUAAAUGCACUGUUACUUCUAAUUUUGUAUUUCACAUUCAUGAUAAUGCCAUGAAUUAAGCCUUACUCUAUGAUUAAGCUAUAUAAUAUAUUGUAUAUAACAUAUUAUUCAUUUAUAUAAAACGUAAAAUAUAAAUAUACUUUAUAAAAUUACGUAUAUGAGUAUGUAUGUAUAUGAUUCUGUUGAUCAUGAAUCUCCUGAUGAACAUAUUGACAUUUUUAUUAUUUUUGUUCAUAUAUAUUUUUAUUUCUUUUGUCAGCAAUACAUUGAAAUUAUAUUAUUUUCAUAGCAUGCUCUUAGAAUUACACCAAAUGUAAUAUUUCUGUAUUUUUAGGAAAAAGAAAGGUCCAUUUUUUAAUGGAAGAUGGCAAGGAAAUGGUAGAAGAGUACCAUUUGGAAACAAAUGUUUUAGUAAAGAGAGCAUGGAAGGAAAAAGGUAAACUUGGACAAGAUGUAGGUUGGAAAGUAGAGAUUGGAGAUCCAGAACCUAAACAAAGUAAUAUUGAAAUAUAUGGAAUUCAAGAAAGUUCAAGUACUCCGUUUAUUACAAGAAGAAUUACAAAGAUUGCACUUGAAUGGCGCAUAAGAAAUUUGCCAUAUCCACAGAAUGUAUAUGGUGUGACAGCAGAAGAUGACAACACAAUAACUGUUCGUACAACUAACAAAAAGUAUUUUAAGAAGAUAAUAGUACCAGAUUUGGAACGUGCUGGAUUGAAAGUAGAACAGGACAGGAUAUCUUUCAUACAUCAAUUUAAUACAUUGAUUAUUACGUACAAAAAACCUCCCGCGCUUCUAGAACUGGAAAAAAAGGUGUUAAAUGAAAUAUUGCAUUUGAAAGUAAGAAAAGAUGGCGACGUACAGUGUCCAACAAGCUAA